AUGAUGAUGCCAGAACUUCCAAAGGAUUUGUUAGAGGAGAUACUCUGCCGCGUUCCGGCUACAUCUUUGAAACGAUUACGAUCUACUUGCAAACGAUGGAACCUUUUAAAAAACGAUAAGAGAUUCACAAGAAAACACUUCCACAAAGCCCCAAGACAAUCUCUGAUUCUCAUGUGGAAUGAGUUUGGGUUUUCUUCGAUGAACAUCAAUCUACACAGAGUUUCACCUAUAGAGGUCACUGGUGAACUUAACCUAAUCGACCCUCAUUAUAGUUUAGAUCAGUUCAGGAACUCUCUACUCUGCCACACUUCUGGCUUAUUGUUAUUGUUAUGCGUCUGUGACAACAACGAAGUGGAAGGUACUAGGCUCGUGGUAUGGAACCCGUGUACCGGUCUAACCAAGUGGAUCCAACACAGAAAGCUUUGCUACAUCUGUACCUAUGCUCUUGGUUCUUACCAAGACAACAAAUCUGGCAAUAAGAGCUACAAAAUAUUGAGCCGCAGGUUUUAUGGUCACCAAGACCCAGAAUUCGAAAUUUAUGAGAUUAACUCGAAUUCAUGGAGGAGGAUCCUUGAUGUCAAUGUGGACUGCACCGAUAUGUACAUUCGGAACGUGUCUUUGAAAGGAAAGACUUACUGGUUUGCUACAAAUGAAAAAGAGAAACAACUCGGCCUAUUCUUAAUCAGUUUUGAUUAUACAACAGAAAGAUUUGAACGUCUAUGUCUACCUUAUCCGCAUCCAUAUCAUGGUUAUCAAAACGAGUCUCUAUCUGUUGUUAGAGAAGAGAAACUUUCUGUGUUAUUACAACGUACAUUUACGUCGAAGACAGAGAUAUGGGUGACAAAUAAGAUUGGUGAGACCAAAGUGUUGUCGUGGAUCAAGGUCUUAGCGGUGGAUUUGACGCCUGAGCCCAAAUUUGACAUAAAAUUCUUGGUCGAUGAGGAGAAGAAAGUCCUCGUGUAUACUCAAAAUAAUGGAUACAAAAGCCAAAGUAUUGUAUACAUCGUUGGAAAGGACAACAAAGUUAGGGAAGUGGAUUUUGGAGACGAAUUCAAACCAUUUUUGUUGAAUUACGUUCCAAGCUUGACUCAAAUCCAGCAAAUGGAAAACUCGAUACAAUCGUUGUUUAGGGAUAUACAUUUAUUUCAAUGAGUGUAAAUCUACGUGGACUUCACGACAACAUUGGUCCAUCUAUAGAGGUUAAGGGUGAACUUAGCCUAACGGAUCAGUUCUAUGAUUCUGAUAAAUUAAAGUCAACGCAUUUCUUGUAGCUUAAUGGAAAACUCGAUACAAUCGUUGUUCUAGUAGCAGGGGAGAUUCAUGUGAUGACGUACAUCCGUUGUGUUUUUCCAAGCUAAUUUUUAAACUAGAGCCCUUAGCAAACUGAUCAAACACCUUAAAUAAUACCCUCAAUAGAUCUAUGUUUCCCAUCGGCAAAUUGAAAACGCAUAACACUAACAAAUACCAUAAUAUCAUCGGUGAAACACAAGUGAGUAACCUUUGAAUUUCUGUAGCCCGGGUGAUAGCCAAAUUCUCCUCUAGCAAACUUCAUCUAACUUCAUGGAGAGGACAUUCAUACAUAUAACAGCUCUGCAAGAACUUUCAGAAAAUCGAACGGUAAAGCUACCAACAUUGUUUUUUAUGGACUUUCAGUGGAGUCUACGGUGUCACAUCCCAAUAUAAUUCCUUCUCUACGUUCUUGAUUUUACUCACUUUUAGAAAUAGAGCUGAUCAAAUUAAGUUUGAGCCAAAAUGAAACAGUAAUUCUAAAACGAAUUGCUAAAAAAGAAAGAAAGAAAAAAAAAAGAUGAUCAGAAAAUGAACACAUUGGUCACGGAACGGGCCAAUCGGCCCUGUACUUGAGAUGGUUUAGCCCAGUCAAAGAGAAAACAAAUUUUGUCCCACAUCGAACAAAACUGAAACUAAAUGUCAAAGGAUUCAUAUAUAUAAAGCAUCUGGUACUUCUACUAUCAACUCAUGGAGCUGUGUGGUGAGCACAAAGCGAACUAUUCUUUCGCCUUUUACUAAAGAAUACCGUGUGCUCUCCACUUCAAACGGCAUACACCUAUUUUUGGAGGAGUAACUUCUUUUGAAGUUUGCUCCA